GCCUAUAGAGAAUGCUAGUGUAUUGUAUUGUGUAUUGUGUGUGGUUAGUGGGCCCUUUUAGUGUAAGUGCAUGUGCACACUUCCCUAUUCUCCUGCAAUGUAAUAUAUGCUUUAUCAUAAUAAAAUAUUAUGUGUUAGGGCAAGCAAGCCCAACACAUCAUCUCUCCCAAACUCUCCUCCUUCUUCUUCUCUCUCAAUAUUCUCAUCUCUUCUUCACAUUAUCCUCAUCAAAUCCUUCUCUACUUGGUAUCAGAGCAAAGAUCCAGGCAUUCCACAUCCAACAGGUUGAGAGGCGACACGUCACCCUGCGUACGGCUGACGUCAGCGUUGUACAGACGCAUAGACUUCAUUUGAGCUAAAAGUUUAGGGGUUUAAUAGAUCUUGAUUUUAGAAGAUUUGUCAUGAUUUUGUCAGAAUUUAUUGGACAUCAUUUCAUGGUAUUUUGGGCGAAAUAGAGAAAUUCAAAAAUCGGCCCCAGAUUCUGUUUUUCUUCGAUCUACCUCAAAUCGGUAAGCUUUUCUUUUGUUUCUUUGCUUAAGAUGGACCGAAAUCUUCCUCCCAAGCUAUCCAUGGUGGAUUUUUUUACUUAAGAUCAAUGUUUGAGAGGUUUUUAACCUCAAAUGGGCAUGCGGUUGCGCCAUUUUUCACUCGGUCAGGCCUUAUUUGACUGCGUUUCACAGUAUUUUGGAUGAUUGAUAUUUGUUUGAGGUUUAUCUCUUGUUAUCUUGAAGGAUUGAGUGAGAUAGAGUUGUUUGAAUCAAUCUUUCUUGGCAUAGGGGGUCUCUUGGCAUAGUAUAGGGUCUCUUGAAUCCAACCCCUUGCAGAUUACCUCCAUUAAGUUGAAUGGUGACAACUAUCUUCAAUGGGCACAAUCUGUAAAAGUAUUUUUAAGAGCCCAUGACAAGUUGUCGUAUAUUUUGGAUGAUCCCCCAAGCUCUACAGAUGUUACCUACAAGUCUUGGACAAAGGAGAAUUAUCAAGUUAUUGCAUGGUUGUUGAAUAGCAUAGAUUCCUCGAUUAGCCACUCAGUAAUGUUUUUAUCCUCGGCUAAAGGCAUUUGGGAUACGCUUCAUGAUAUGUUCUCGGAAUCUCAGAAUUUUUCACGGGUAUUCCAGCUUAUUCAAGAAAUUGGUCGGUUUCAACAAAACUCCAGAUCCUUAAAAGACUACUAUUCGACGCUUCGGGGUAUGUGGGAUAAGUUGGAUAUGUAUCAGCCUCUUCCUUCCAAAUGUAAAGAGGAUCAUGUACAUGCUCAUAAGCAACGGGAUGAUACUAGUAUCAUGCAGUUCCUCGCUGGGUUGAAUUCUGAUUAUCUUCACGUUCGCGAUCAGGUUGUUAUGCAGGAUCCUCUUCCCCCAUUGACGACAGUCUAUGCCAUGUGUCAGCGUGCUAUAAUCUCUACUCUUCCUUCUCAUUCAGUUGUGUCACCCGAGCGUUCGGCACAUCUUGCUGGCGAUCAAUCCUCCCUUGGUCUUCGGGUACCAUUCUUGAGCUCAAGGCGCAUUUCUGGUUUUGGUGGUCAUGGUAGAGGCCACGAGGGAGAUCGCAGUCGCAGCGUCGUAGUCUUCGUGGUUGUGGACGAGGACGUGAUGGUUCCCGCAUUUGUUCACAUUGCGGUGGAACUAAUCACACUGUUGAUUGUUGCUGGCAGCUACAUGGUCGUCCUAUGUAUGCCGCUGCUUCUGUUGCUUCCACUGUUGCUUCUGAGACAGUCUUCCACCCCGACAGCUGAACAGUCUACUUCAGGGGAGUCUCUUAUCAUUUCUCGGGUGGCAUAUGAUGCCCUUAUGUGGCUUCACAUUCGGAAUAUUCCUGAGCCUUCUCACGCAGCUUCAGCCCAGUCAGGUACUGCCCUUCUUGCGUCAUCCUCUCCUACCUCCUGGGUCAUCGACUCUGGAGCUUCCUUCCAUAUGACUGGUAAGUUGCAAUUCUUUUUUUUUUAUUCUUCUUCUUCUCCCACUUAGUAUGUCACAGUCGCAGAUGGAACCCAAUCUCCCAUCUCCGGGAUUGGUUUCAUCCCUCUCUCUUAUUCCUUGUCUUUGUCCUCCGUAUUGCAUGUGCCUCGUUUUCCAUUAAACUUAUUGUCUGUUAGCUCUCUUACUAAAUCACUCAA